GUUAAUGUUGUCGUGUUUGAGCAUUGAGGUCUUGGUCUGUUGGUUUCCUUCCAUCUUCUCCCAUCUGGGAGCUGAGGACAGUGGGCUAUGACAUGAGCUUCUAUUACACGUACACGCCCGAAUACUACAACAUUCCGUUUGUUUCAACGCUGGUCAAUGGGAUCCAAACACGGCAGCUGUCCCAGAAGAUGUCCGUUUUUUGGAAUCCCUUGGCACGGAGCAGGCAACCCCAAGCGUUACAUCGUUUGCAUUCGCUGUGGUUCCCCACGAAUAAUCCAGAACUUCGAAAGGGAUGACAGGAACGAAUUGUACUUGACAGUGUUCAUCUCAUGAACCAAUGCUUGGCCAAUUGACCGCAUCAUCCAGUGAGGAUCCGGGCAUGCCUGGUUGCUUUCUAGGAAGUGUUGCUAAGUUUCCUGACUUUGACGGCGAAGGUCGAUGUCUCGUGGGGAUGGAAACCCCACCAGCUCGGGGUCUCCGGUUCCCGCACCCGUUUGCAUCAGACGCGUCGCAGGACAGGGAUCAACCAUACCAGGGCGAGAGGUGCGAACCCUGGACAAGAGCCUCAACGGGAAUCUCUGUGGAGAUUGGGUCGGAUGACAUGCCUUCCUGGGAGGUGGUAGCCAAUGGCAGCGCCUCAGCGACCCUCUCUCCGGCCCAUCAAACGACUUACAGAGUAGGCACCCGGCCUACUGCCCGUGCUGCUCGUCAGAAGUCACCCAUUUUGGGCAAGCUGCCGCCGAACGUGUCGAUCAAGUCGCAUCCGGUGGUUCGACGAUGGAUCAUAUGCGCCAUCUGUGCCCAGGGUACUCUCGCCGCUAAGCCGCCCUUCCACGUCAUGGCCUCUGCCAUCGCUCUCUCGUCUCCGAACCUCAGAUCUCUCUCACUGUCUUCUCCUUCCCCAUAGUGGUGGCCGGCUCAUCAGCCAUGACGAUGAGUUUCUGUUUCCGAGUUUAGCCGGGUUGGUGUUGCUCAUCUUUCUUUUCGAUAGGAGCCUCUACUCUUUCUUCCUUUCUGGAGAUCUUGAUGAGUUUGCCA